AUGGCCUACCGCUUCACCGUCGGUCCUCUCGCUCCACACAUCGAACCGCUCCUGGACGACGACUACAAGCAGUACUACAGCACACUCAUCGGCCUGCCAGCUCUAGACUAUAGCGCUCCCUUCGAUCCAUCCAUCCGAGAUCAGUACCUCGUCGGCUCUGGAGCAUCCGCGCCAUUGGAUGUGGGGAGCACGCGGGACGUGCCAGGGAUAGGACAGAACAAGAACGUUAGGCUGUUCAUCCCCCAUGGCGAAAAACCAGAACAAGGCUGGCCGAUGCUAGUGUAUUAUCAUGGAGGUGGAUGGGUGCUUGGGAAUAUCGAUUCCGCGGCAGCGAUGUGUACCCAGCUAUGUCUUCGCAGCAAGUGUGUCGUAGCGAGCGUCGAUUACCGGCUUGCACCUGAACACGUUUACCCCGCAGCGGUGGACGACGCAUGGGAGGUUGUCAAGUGGGUAUAUGAGCAGGGUGCAGAGGAGAUCGGUAUCGAUCCGAAGCGGAUCGCUGUUGGCGGUGGAUCUGCCGGUGGACAUCUCUCCGCUGUCGUGUCACACCACGCAGCCACAUCGGAACCCCCAAUCCCGCUCGUCUACCAACUUCUCAUUGUUCCCUGCUGUGACCUCGACCCUGCGGCACCGUACGCUUCCCGGAUGGAUUUUGCACAUGCGCCUGCCCUUCCUGCUGUUCGCAUGGAGUGGUUCUACGCGCUCUUCAAGGCACCGCAUGAGGAAUGGCGAGCGAGCCCUAUCCGCGCGCCGGCACACCAUUUCCCCCUCCUUGCACCGCAGUUCGUUGCCGUGGCAGGACUAGACUUCCUCAAAGACGAAGGGAUAGCAUAUCAUGAACGUACGCUGCAGGAAGGAGGGAAGACGGAGCUCAAGGUGUAUGAGGGCGUGCCACAUAAUUUUGCCAGCCUGGACGGGGUCACCGCCAAGGGUAAAGAGUUUAUUGAUGACGCGGUUCAGAGGCUUAACGUCGCGUUCGGGCAUUGAAUGAUCCGACGAUUAGUUGUUGGAUGCUUCGUCAAGUAGCACACUUCUGUACGAAUGUCGAAAGAGUGUUCC